CUAAUUAAUUGUAAUAAUUCUGAAAUUGUGAUGUUUUUCAAAUCACGCAUGCGCAAAUCGAAAUCAUGGUCUGCACCUGCAAAUGUUAUCCGACAAACGCGUCAAAUCGAAGUGCUUCAUGGUAAUCGUGAAGAUGCAUUCAUAUGUGGAAAAAAUGUUGAAUAUGGUAGCAGUAGUAGUAGUAAUGGUGGCGUAGGUGGUAGUACUAGUAGUAGUAGUAGCAGUAGUGCGACAGUUGGAUCUGAUCAACCAACUUCACUCUUAAAUUUUGCCAUUUCUGAAUUAGUAAAUACGGAACAAAGCUACGUUCGUGAAUUACAGUCUAUCGUUGAUUUCUAUAUUAGGCCAUUUGAAGCACCUGAAAAUGAGCAUUUAAUAGCAUCACAUCUAAGGGAUCGUUCUGAUAUCUUAUUUGGUAAUAUUUCUGACCUGUUGAAUUUUCACAACAACUAUCUUUUGGCUGAUUUUUUGGCUGCGGGAAAUUCAGUAGUCGAAAUAUGCCGAUGCUUUCUCAAUCAUCGUAAUAAAUUUCUUCAACUUUAUCAUCGUUACUGUCAAAAUAAACCAUUGGGAGAAGCUUUACGACGGGAACAACAACCAGAUGGAGCUGUUGCUAAAUUUUUUAUGGAAUGCCAGAAACGUGCUGGACAUCCAUUACCAUUAAGUGCUUAUUUAUUGAAACCGGUACAAAGGAUUACCAAAUAUCAACUUUUGCUAAAAGAAGUACAUCGUCAUUGUGCUGAUCAGGCUAAGCCUCAUGUUGAUGAAGCUUUAUCCUCUAUGCUAGAUCUAUUGACUCAGCUUAAUACCGCCAUGCAUCAAUUGCAUAUUGCUGGAUUUGUAGGUGAUCUCUGUCAAAUGGGUGCAUUAAGACUUCAAAAUGAAUGUGACAUUUAUGCAUUCAAGAAAAGAACUCGUCGUCUUAAUAAGGCUCAACGUCGACAUCUGUUCCUAUUCGAUGGUGGUCUGUUAUUUUGCAAAAAACGAUCGCAAUCUGUGCCAUAUGCUUCUGAAUAUUACGAACAUAAGUUAUCUAUACCAACAUGCAGUCUUGGUUUUUCGGAAACAUCAAAGACAUCAUCUGUACGUUUUGAAGUUUGGGAUGAGACGAAAAGUGAAGCAUAUGUUGUGCAACCUAUUGAUGAAUCUGCUCGGAUAAAAUGGAUACAACGACUUUACAAGAUAGUUGGUGAACGUGUAACACAUCGAGAUCGACUGAAUCAACAGCAUCGACCGGCUCGUCCACAGUCUUGGGCUUCUACAAUUUCCACUGAUAGUAUUCGUUCUUCUGAUACAACCACAGAUAGUAGUGUUGUGGAUGGAAAUGGAAACAAUCCAAAUGGUACAUGUUGCUCAUCACCCUCUUCUGGAUCACCAACAUUUGUUCCGGCUACAUCGGAUGAAGAUCCGGAUAAUAAUAUCAGUACAACUGAUCAGCUACAAACACGAUCAUACAGUUGUCCUGAGGAUUCUCUAGAAGGUUUAUUAUCAUCAUCACCAACAACAACAACAACAAUACCAUCGUCAAGAGUACUAAACACGAUAAUACCAUCCUCAAUAUUAGCAAAAUCAAUAACAGCAACAACAACAGCAACACCACUGAAUACUAUUGUUGAAAGUUCUUCUUCCACCGAAUUAUUUGCAACAAUUUAAUAUGCUUCCGUUUAUUUCAUAGUUUUUUUUCUUUUUCA